AGACGUUAAUGGUGAAUGCAGGAGUGAGGCUUGAUAGGUUGGAGAUACGGAUUGGCGAGGCGCGGUUUGAGCUGAGCAUACGUAGUGGAUGUAGCAACAUUAAUUGCCCGAGUUUACCGCGUCGCCGAAUUUCAAAGGUUUUUUGUCAGUUUACAGUUGUAUGUUUAUCCUUGCAGUUGGUCGACAUUGGACAAGGUACUGGUCUAGCUCAACGAUUGAACGUCGAAGACAAACAUGAACUUUAUGAGUCGUCUGCUUAGAUAGCACUGUCAAAAUGACGUCAUCGAAGCUAAAGUUUGGUGGACUCUCUUUCCAGAUACGACAGCACCUCAGGAAACCUUUUACUCUAGCUUUCAUCGUUUCAAUAGUUUUACUAUUGUCUCUAUUUUCAGUGAUCUACAAUCAUUCCAUUAAUGUUUCUAUGACACCUAUAGCUUUGCCUCAUAUUGGGCUCUCUAAAAGUCAAGUUAUGUUGCUUAGUUACGGCAGGAGCGGCUCCUCUUUCACUGCAGCCCUGAUCGCACACCACAAGGACGUUUUCUACACCUUCGAGCCUUUGUUCGUACUGGCAAGAUGGCCGAAUAACUCCGUCAAUGAACGCUUUUAUAACACACAGGAAGUGAGAUCAAGGGAAAUCAUCAACUCCUUCCUAACCUGUGACUUUCCAUUCGAUACGUUUUCAAAACUGGACAAUAGUUUUCACAGAACUGUGGACUCGUCAAGGACCUUGUAUGACUGUCUCUACUCUCAGAAGAGCGGUUUCGAUCACUUUUCUUGUUACAAGGACUACAUCGACCUGUGCAAGUCUCACAAAGUGACCCUAGUGAAGACCAUUCGAUACAGGGUCCAGUGGGCGGAGUGGUUUAUGAAAACGUAUCCAAACUUUAAGCUGAUUAUUUUAGUCAGAGAUCCAAGAGCCACACUUUUUUCUCAAGCCUCCGUGUUUCGUAAAUUUGAUUGGCCGAACCAAGUGGCCAACUUCUCUCGCCAGCACUGCGGACUUGUAGCAGAAGACAUUGCCGCGGGAGAGCUCCUGUUGAAGCGCUACCCUGGCCGCGUGCUUGGGAUCAGAUACGAGGACGGCGCCCUAGAGCCUUACAAAUACGCCCAGAAAAUCUAUCGCUUUUUAGGAAUAGACUACGAUGCAUCUGUGGAAGAUUUUAUACAGAAUCUUCUUCGCGACGAGGAAGACAAGCGGCUUGAUGCUUACAGCAUUAGAAGGAAAAAUUUCACACGCGCGAUGAGCAGAUGGCGAUAUCAGGCUGGGUUCAACAGCGCCAAUAAAACUGGACAAAUAUGUGGACAUUUAUUUCACAAGCUCGGGUAUAAAUUUGUGUAUUCACAAAAGGAUUUGGAGUCCGAUCGUCUAUUAGUGGAUACAAGGUCACCGGGUGGGAUUUUUUACAACAUCGAUUAAUGUAUGACACUAAAAAGAGAAAUAAAUAUAUUUAUAUAUU